UGCUUUUGGGCUUGUGGUUGCUAUGCCUGUCCCUUCCUCCUCCCCGUGGUGAUGGGCGAGCUCCUGGUGCUGCCAUGCCUGUAACCUCCUUUUCCUGCAUGUGGUAGCUGUCUGCGUCUCUUUGUGUUUAAUCUCUGGUUUCUGCACUAGCAUCCACAUUAAAAACAUUGUCUUAACACUGUCCAAAUGCAAAGUGAACUACUCUUUGUAACCGCUCAGCACCUAAACCUGAUUUUUAACCCAUCCAUUCAUUUUUUGUUUUAUUUUUGAACAGCUGAGUGCUACGAGUGUAUUUACAUACACAAGGUUUUUAUACAGUUGUGUAGAUAUACUUUUUUUUUUCUUUUUUUUUUCUUUUUUUCUUUUUUAGAUAGGGUGAUUGUUUUCUGUUCCCAAAUGUUUUUUGUCUCUGCUUUUGAAAUGCUAUCAAGAAUACUUAAAAUAGAUUGUGCCAGAGAGCACAGCUUAUCCAGAUUGCUCUAGCUAAAAGACACUACUAGAGUGCAAUCUAGUAUCACCUGAAGCUAAAUAUUAUUUGCAAAAUUCUAUGAAAUUUUAUUUUUUUGAAGUAAAACGUUGGCAUUUAAUCUUUGGAGAGCCACAGUGCGAGCCCUGUCCAAGGAAAACUUAAGUAUGUUUGCUUAAUCUGACGUGAUGAACUGUACGUGUCCCCAUUUUCUCUCGUUUCCCUCCAGUAUAUUCUAAGGCUAAAAAGAAACUCUUGGAAAUGUUUGAUGAGGGUUUCUUGGAUGGCUUGUUUUUUUAAGAUUUCCAGCAGAGAUCCUGGGAUGCAUUUUGCUUUCACGUUACUUAAAAGUGGAAGAGGGGGUUUUGCAAUUUUUUCCACGCUUUUUCUUUUUAAUGAAAAGCAAAAGAACUUGUAAAUCUUUUCCUUCCAUCCUUUUUCCUUUUUGUUGAUUUUUAUUUUCCGAAUGAGAACAAAUCGCGUUUUUGUUCUAGCUGAAAAACGAAAUGUUUCAGCAAGUAAUUUCACGAGGCUAAGUGGUGAGCGCUGCAGAUGCUUACCACAGUCCUGGAGCUGCAGCGUAUAAAUAACAGCCUGGCUGUGUAACAGGCCUUCUUGACAGAAGCACUGGGUUUUUCAUCCGCAGUGGGCAGCAUGCUGGCAAGCUUGUAUGGCUGUUGGUGGCUGGCUUUUUAGCUGCACUGGCUGAGCAGUUGGGGUUUGUAAAGAACAACUAAGACAACCUAAACAUACUGCUUUUUAACCGAGGGUGCAAUAAUACAGAGAUAUGUAGCAUUUUAAGCUUAAAUUGUCAAUCCUUGAUGCCUAAAAUUACUUAUGUAAGGAGGUGGCCUUACUGUAAGAGGUGCUCAGCACCAGCAGCUCUCAGGGUGUUUUGCAGGGCUGGUGAGCACCUAGGCUACAAACAGCAGGAAACCCACCUAGCUACUAAAAUGCAGAUUUAGGAGCCUAACAAAAAUAUUGGAUUUGCUCUUCUAAAAUAUUUCCUUUUCUCAAUGCUAAAAAUAACAUAAAAAUGAAGACAAUUCUAUUGCAAAACAUAUUCUUAGUUGCUGCACCUGCUAUCAGAUUUUUGUCAGAGCUUUCCGAAGGAACAAGCAGCUAAAUGCCAUCUAGUACUAUUUGAGACCUCUGCCCUAAGUGGCAUUUGCAGUAAAUAGGGCCCCCAGGGGAUUUUUCAUCUUGAGGAGUCGCCUGAAGAAGGAAAGAUCUGUCAGGGCAACAAGGUACUUCACGAGGCCUUCAGUUCCCCCUGCUCAUUCCCACCCGUCAGCGGGUUGCAGCUCUUCCAGGGCUGAGCAGAGAGCAGGGGAGCUGCCAUUAUGUUUCAAGAAAUUCAUCCAUAUGUGAGGAGCCUCUCAUGCCCAUGUCACUGCUGCUCUGUGGAAAACAUUUGCUUCAAGACUUCCUACAGCUGCUCCGUGAGGAUGGGGAGCGUGCCAGUGACAUAAGGUUGCCAACCCCUGCACUUAGAAUACUCUCCAGAUAUCACUAAUGACAGAAUCUGCCCCAGUCCUUCCCCAGCAGGCUCUGCUGGUCAGCAUCUGUUCUUCCUGCCCUGCUACCUCUAGGUAGCCAUCCUGCCCACAAAAUUUAGCUCCCGCAGGAGCCCAAGCACAGCCCAGGUGACUCUUCCAGGACCCCUCGCCUGAGGGGUGCCCAGAAGCAACAGAGGAGCCAGGUUCUCUCCGUCUCCCUUCCCUUUUUCUUUCUGCUCUUGGUUAGUGAAUAAGGUGCCACUGCACAACAUCUGCACAGUACCUUACCAGAGAAAUUGCAGCCUCCUCUGCAGCACUGCCUGCAUUUCUCUUACUAUUCCUUUAUUGAACUAUCCAUCUUCUCCAAUGCUCUUUGUAACAGAGAGCAUUUGCAGAUGCAAAAAAAUGUAUUCACCUUGCAUUCAUUUCACAUCAGUGAUGUACUUCUCAAGUGGUUUUCAGUGUGGACUGUUUUGGUGGCAGUUCAAACUGCCCCAUCAGGAACCCCAGAAAGGUGAUGGACUCUCAUUUAUCCUAAAGCAGUGUUGCCAGCAUUUCCUCGUGAUAAGAGCCAGAAAGAACAUAGGCAAAGGAAUAAACCACUUCUGCCUCAGGUCACUCUCAGCUAUUUUAACAGUGAGCUAUCUCUUCCUGGUUGUAAAGCCCUGUAAAACUCUAAAAUGCUCAGUUGGUGGUAUGUGCAGGAGAGCAACUACUACUGAAAAUAAGAGAUGUACCUGAUAUCAGAUUUGCCACAUACAACAUGAGGGGAAAGUACUCCAUGGAUGAAAUUUGGAGAUUCUUCAUGCCAGUCUGUAGCUAUAAUUUCAGUCAGCUCUGACUUGAGGCCCUUUAUGUCUCCCAUGUUUCUUCCUCUUGCCACCAGGCCUCCCAGCUCCGUGCACAUCCCACUUGUGCACAGGGAAGGUUACUGCAAAGAAGAUGGUGCUUCCCUGUGUGUGCCAGUGCUGCAUUAAGUGAAAUAAUCAUGAGCAGGGAGUUGAGGGUUGCAGGAGCAUAGCACGGAGGCCCUCACUCCCCAGCUGAUGUCCUUUACUAGCAGGUUUUUUUUGUAAUAUCAUUUCUAAUUGAUCUUUUGGGAUCUGGCCAGUCUGUCCCAUUGACCUCAGUUCCUGAUCUUUUACACUGACAAACGGUGUAACCAGCAAGUCUUCUUGUCCAAGUACCUUCUGGGUUUAUUUUAGACCAGGAGAUAUUUAUGUCUAGCAUUGGUUUGAACCAUCCUUGUGGCUGAACGUGUCAGAUCUUCUUGUGGCUGUCUUCUGCGAAAUCCAUAUGGAUGGAAAGAUUUCAGAGCUGUCCACGUGACUUUGAAUGUAUCUGUCCAUGGCAUUGGGUAGAGUAUUACUGAAGCUUGGCGAAGACAAGAAAUCUUAGCUUCUUGCUGUGAUGUUACCUUGGUCCAAUGAAGUUCCUUUUCCCUGGGGACACAUGCCUGCAGCUGCUGCAGAUGGAUGAAUCCUUAGCCUGCAAGGAGUUCUACCUGUUAGUGCUAUUGCUGUAUUUCAGGACCACCAAAUGAGAAUGCCCUGCUGGCUCUUCUAGUGAUGUUACACAUUUGAAUUUCUUUUCCAACAGGAGAACAAUCCUGUUUUAGGGAUUUUAUCUUAAUUUUCUGAGGUUAUUAAAAUCUUCCUGAGGUUAGCGAAAUUUCGUCUCAUGAAAGAGGAAAGAGAGGUUGAGAUAAAGUGGUCCUUGGAGACAGAUCUGAAAGGUGGCUCCUCUUCAUGACAUUUCCUCUUGUGCAGCAGAAUUUUUAAUUUAUAAUGUUUUUCCUUCUAAAAUACAGCAGUCUGUAGUGUCAGGUUGCAGCAUUUCCCACCUUUGCGCUGGCAGGGAGCCUGAAUCAAUCAGGAGAAAAGGUAGAUUGGAAGUUGGGCCCAAACAAAGAGUAAAGGUCUUCACAGCAGGACAUACAUCUAUCUUAGACUUUCAUUUCAGAUAUGUUUUUCAUAGAGCAAGAUUAAUUAGACAGAGACAAAAAGAAACAUUAAAAUGCCUACAAUUCACACAUAUAUUACGUGUUGUAAAAUCCAUUAUUCUACAUUCCACAUUGAGGGAUAAAAAGAAAAUAUUGUUGUCAAUUAUAAAAUGCUAAAGAUAGCUCUAUACUUUUUAAAUGAACAAUGAUAAAAGCCUUGAAAAAUUCCCUUUGAUGUGAAUGGAGUCUUCAGCAUUUUGAAAUACAAUAAGAUGGAUUAAUUGCUACUCAUUAGGCAGCAAGUUGGGACAGCUUUGAAUGCGCAUUCUCUUCUUGGCAUUAGCUAUUGCCUGGCUGAAAUAGCCAGCUUUUGUAUUUACUCCUGUCUUCUCUAAUAAUAAGCAAAUUGGAGAUCAGGGCUAGAAACACUGAAGUGCUCUCUAUCUUUUGUCCAGAACAAUUGUAUAUUUUCGUGAUUUGUUUAUCCUUUUUGAGCUACAGCUAAUUAUUGCAAAGGUUAUUUGAAUCAAUACAAGAUCUGAGCAGAAUUAACAUCUGCAAAAUUGCUUAUUAGGAUAGUAUUUUAUGCUAGUGUUACUGUACUAUCCAUUUUGUAGCAUAUUGUUGUUUCUUAUGUCAUAUUUUUUUCCUUACAAAAGUUUUGUAUUUUAAAUAUUCGUGCAGGUUUUAGGCUUUCUUGAAUUAAUACUGUGUUCUGUUGUGCAUAAUUUUCCUCAUGCUGUCCUAGUUUUGUUUGUUUGGUUUUUUUUUUUCCCCCUAAAGUCAUAGACAAUGUGGUAUGCAAAGCCCCAUUUAUCAUUCUAGGAUAACAGGUUUUUGGUUUUUUUUCUCUUGCUGUAGAACUGAUUGAUUGAAUUGUUCUGCUGUUUAUGUUGGAUUAAAAGAAAGUCGAGCACAAAUCCCUUUGUGCUUGUCAUGUAGAACAGUUGUUUCACGUGGGGCUUUUAUGGAUAUUAAGAAUUAUAAUUGGAUGAUAUUGGGGCAGUAUCUUAUCUAAUUUAACUAUGUCUUUUGCAUUCCAAAAAACUAAUGGGUGAAAAGUAAAACUCAAGGGCCUGAUUCAUUAAAAGUUGCAUAGUCUCCUUUCGUUAGGUUCUUAGAGCUUACCCCUUCCUAACACAAGGUGUUUGCAGCUGCAGCGCAGAGCAGUCGGCUCAAACAAGAAGCAGAUCCUGUUCUCCAUUAUGGUGAUGAUGUUUGAGGGAUUUGGUGAAACUAUUCCAGAUUUUCAUUGAUUGCGCUCUAAAUCCACCUCAGUAACGUCUCCAAUUACCUACUUUUAAGAAGAAGGGAAGACAGUAGUGAAAGGGUGCUGCCUGUUACUUACUACAGCGUAAUUCCUGGGCUUCUACAGUCCCAUCGGAGCUCAUAAAUUAAGUAGGGUCAAGUCAGGGCAGGGCCAGAUGGGACCUAUCCAAGGAAUACCUUAAGCUCUGAUGGGAUUUAGUGAUUCGGUGGCAGAUGCUGUCCCCCUGCAGCUCCUGACGAACCUCACCACAGUACUCUGCAGGAUGCUGGGCCAUACUUUCAUUUUAUGUACAUCAGUGCAAACGUCCUUGACCAGAAGGAUUUAUUCCAGCUUUACACAAUGGCACACAUGAGUAAAACCAAGCCCUUAUUGGACAAGAUAGGAAAUCCAAGUCUUAACUCUUUGCGGUCAUUAAAAAUCCCACAACGUUCCUGUUUAGAGUAGGGGUGUUAACCCAUUUGUCCUGGCCAAAUUCCAACCUGGGUAAUUACUGUAAUCUGUCUGUUUAAAUUACUCUUGCAGUUUUAAUUGGACAUAUUACUUCUCUUGCCGCCUAAACUGUGAUGUAAUACCAUUGUGUGUUAUUAAUCAGUUAUCAAGUUUCAUCCCAGAAGCAGCACAUUGCAGUGAUAGGUGGAAAGAGUCAUUCCCUGCUGGUUGCAGGCACUCUCUGCUGCAGUACAAAAAAAGCCCAGUCUAUUUGUUUUUUAAAGUCGUAGGCAAGCUGAUAUUUCAGUUCAAAUAAGCAGCUUCAAAAUGUGGUUUUUCUGUUUCUUUUUGAAGCCUGUGUAAUCCGCCUAGUAAUACAUGUGCAGCCCACCACCUGGAGCUGGAAGUGCUGUGUGCUAGUAGAAUUCAGAAUCUCUUAGCAUUUGCUUUUGAUUCUGAAUUUGAUUUCUGCCAUAUUUCGAUGUAAGAUACGUUUGCUUUUAGUUAAAAUGGUCUACUGACUACCAUGGGUUCCUAAACCUGUAAAAGGUGAAAAUUCCCAUUGAUAGAUAUUGGCUGAGUGUCUUGAUGCUCAGCAGGGCUGGCAGAUGUGUCACCAUGGGGAUGAAACUGCUCAAGAAGAGUCCUCCUGCAAGGGAUAUGUGCUGAGCUGGCACCUCUCCAUUUUGCUUUUUCUCCAUCUUUCUAACAUGUAAUAAAAGGACUGAAAAGUGGCCACUACCAAAUGCAGCAAUUGCUACAAGGAAGGCAUGGAAGAACCUGUAGUAAGAGGUCGCAUGCCACUGCACCCCUCACACCUUCCUGCAUUGUCAGGGGCGGUCAGGGUUGGGCUCAGGUGAGAUGGUUGUGGUUAGAAGGGAAAGCGGCAAGUUGGUGAGGUGGCCAAGUUGAGGUAGCAUACAACAAGAGAACAGAAGCUGCCCUGCAGAUAUCACAUGAGCUAUGGUGUGGGGGUCCUGAGGGUUAGACAGGUCAGAUGGCAGUGUGCUGUCCUGCCACAGGUGUGAGGGACUGGCUACAGCCUCUCCCCUGCCCCUUUGCUGCCAGGGGCUCUUCUCUCCCAGCUCAGGGAGAUGAGUACAGUGAUCCCCUGCAUCUCUGUUGCACGUGGGGACCUGCUGUAAAUUACCCCCAGAGCGUUGCUGGAUUUUUAGUUUGUUAUUUUUAUUUCCUUUUAAUGAAUCAGUCCCUUGGUGAAAGUAACAUGUUUGUUUAAACCUGGUAUUUAACGUUGAGCAAAAUGCUCUUCCUUUGUCCCUUACUAUUUUGUUCAUAUUUUGCUGAAAAUCUGCUAUUCUACACAAGCAUUUUAAUAAACUGUUUGUUGUUGUAUCCAGGUAACAAGCAUGGAUCAGACAGCAAAGGACAAAGCACUCCAGCACAUGGCAGCAAUGUCAUCAGCUCAGAUAGUCUCAGCUACUGCUAUUCACAACAAGCUGGGCCUGCCAGGAAUUCCCCGUCCUACAUUUCCUGGGGCACCUGGGUUUUGGCCUGGCAUGAUUCAAACGGGGCAGCCUGGAUCCUCGCAAGAUGUAAAGCCAUUCGUUCAGCAGGCCUACCCUAUACAGCCAUCAGUCACAGCUCCCAUUUCAGGAUUUGAGCCUACGUCAGCUCCAGCUCCGUCAGUCCCUGCGUGGCAGGGCCGAUCGAUUGGUACGACCAAGCUCAGGCUGGUGGAGUUUUCAGCUUUCCUUGAACAGCAGAGGGAUCCCGAAUCAUACAAUAAACACCUCUUCGUACACAUUGGACACGCAAACCAUUCUUACAGCGACCCGUUGCUUGAAUCGGUGGACAUUCGUCAGAUUUAUGACAAAUUUCCUGAAAAGAAGGGUGGUCUAAAGGAGCUGUUUGGGAAGGGGCCCCAAAAUGCUUUCUUCCUCGUAAAAUUCUGGGCUGACUUAAACUGCAACAUUCAAGAUGAUACAGGAGCAUUUUAUGGAGUCACCAGUCAGUACGAGAGCUCAGAAAACAUGACAAUCACCUGUUCCACCAAAGUCUGCUCCUUUGGAAAGCAAGUAGUAGAAAAAGUAGAGACUGAAUAUGCAAGGUUUGAGAAUGGUCGAUUUGUGUACAGAAUAAAUCGCUCUCCAAUGUGUGAAUAUAUGAUCAACUUCAUACACAAGCUGAAGCAUCUACCAGAGAAAUACAUGAUGAACAGCGUGUUGGAAAACUUUACGAUUUUAUUGGUUGUAACGAACAGGGAUACACAAGAAACCCUACUCUGCAUGGCUUGUGUAUUUGAAGUGUCAAACAGUGAACAUGGAGCACAGCAUCAUAUCUACAGGCUUGUAAAGGACUGAGCAGUUAUUUAUAUAUACAGUUCAUUUCACUUCUUUAUCAAAACACAGACUGUAAACCUCAACACUAAGUGGCAGUGCCUCUGGCCCAACUUUCACCCACAUUUUUCUAAAUCCUGUUUUAGUGAGUCAUUUUUAAUGUGUUCAUAUAUAAUUGUAGCUGUGAAAUUCUGGUACAGUUGUAAAAAUUAUUUCUAAAACUAAGUGUUCUUCAAAUUUGUAAACCACCGUUCUUUGGGAAGACUGUAUUUAAGAACCUACUGCCUCUGUCUGUGGAGGCCUAUUUUUAAUUCUGAUAGAAAAAUGUAUGACAGAGCAUUUGCCAUGGGGAAAAACUGACAGCGUUUAUAAGAUAUUUUGGUUUUUUUUCCAACACAAAAUACAUGUUUUACAAUGCAAGUGAAAUUGAAAUGAAUCUUUAGCUAUAACUGUAAAUGAGUAAGAAAAGUUAAUUACCUUUAUAGAAUUAUCUUUGUAACUAAUUAGGGUGGAAGAUAUGGACAAAUAUAAUUCACUAAAUUAUUUUUUAAAAUGAAACAUUUUUUCUGUUUGAAACCAAAUGAAAAAAUAUAGCCUUAAGAAAUACCUGUUAAGGAACAGACAGGUCCUAAAAUUAGGCAAAUUUUGUAUUUUUUUUCUCAAUGCUAAAACUAAUCUUCUAAUCCAUUAAACUUUCAAACAGGUAUUCCAGAGAAAGAAAACAUCAUCCCUUACCCUUAACAUAUCUAGUGUAUUUUAAAAGAUUAUAAAGUUGUAUUGUACUAAUAUGAAAAAUUGAUAAUUUAAUGAAAAGAAGAUGGCUCGUUUUGCAAUAAGUAGGUAAAUACUGAAGAUUUAGACUCACAUUAUAUGUAGUCUUGCGUAUGCAGUUAUAUUUUAUAUGGACAACUAUGUUUUCUAGUUGAGUGAAAACCUUGCAACUCUGAAAUUAGCAGAUAAAUGGAAACAACUGACAUUGCUACAGCAUUGAGUAAUUCGUAAGCUGAAAGCAAAACACUGAAGUGUUUGAGAAAAGAAUGCAUACACUCCUGAAAGGAUCAGUAGCUUUAAUAUCUGUGAGAUGCUAGAAAAUCACAAGCAAUAUCAGACAAGGAAGCUUGGAAAAUGGAGAUUUUUUUCUUCUUUUCCUUUUUAUCACGGUGCUCUAACAGCUCUCUCCAGUUCUCUCUCCAGUUCCUACUGGCAAAGAUCUUACAGGAAACAAACGCGUAUGUGCCGCAUGGGUUCUGCUGUCCUUUUUGUAUCUGGAUGUGGUAGUAUUCAUCCUUCUGCUGUAUCAGGGAAGACUCCAGGAAGUGAAGUGCAGCUGGAGAUAUUUUAAUACUGUGCAGAUUCAAAACAAGGAUGUGGGCGUGAGUGGUUAUCUGAGGUACGCACAUGUGAGAUAAGUAUUCUCAUUCUUCCUACCUAAGCCAGAGUGUUCCUCAGUUGCUUCUCUUCUGCACACCCAGCGCUGCCCUUCAGCUGCCCAGGCAGCAGUUGUUUAAGCAGGUGCUGGACCAGCAGUGGGUCCUCGUGUAAAACAUUUGUCUGAAAGGCUCAGGACUGCUUGGCCAAGCACAAGUCACCUUAAAGGUCAGUCAUGAGGUAUCGGCAAAGAGCGUUCUUGGGAAGGUCUUCUGCAGCUCUGAAUCAAAGAAGGGUAGCAUUUAACGGCUCCCUCCUCACUGCCCUUUACAUGCCUAUGCAUGAUUUAUGUCUAGAAUUUACUCCUUGGCAACAGUGCCAUAGUCUUUGAAAAAGUCUCAAUCUCUGGAUUUUUAAAAAAUUGUAUUGUACUCUCUCAGAAUUGCCAAUAAUUGAAUUUCUCUAGACCAGAAUACUGCCCAGGCGUAGCAGUGGGUUGUUGUGGACACACGAUACAAACAUCUGAAAGGAAGGGAGACUGCUCAAAUCCCUCAGCUUGCCGCUGACCUAACUCCAGUAGGUGGAUGAUUGCUGUGAUGUCUAGCUGUGGAUAUUAGGGCUAAUGAUCUUUCAGUUUAUAUUCUGUGAACAGAACAGUGAAAUAUGUCCAUGGUAGGGUCUCUAACGCUCAUUUUUAACACUAACAAUCACAUCAGGAAAAGCACUGCAUUGUAACAGCCUAACGGUAGCCCUUUAUUCUAAGCACUUGGUGUUACAAGUCAAAAACUACUUUUUUUUUUGUUUUGUUUUAUUUUGUUCUAAAGUUGUCUUUUAUUUAGGGUUUGAAUUGUGGUUUUGGUGAUUUUUUGUUUUAAUAACAAGCGAACUCUUUGAGGCGUAUCAAGUAUGAAGGCAAUUUGCAAAACCAGGUACAGUUUUUUAGUAGAAUCUGGCACACUACAUAUGUCAUAACUAUAGGGUAUAAAAAGUCACAAUGUUUAUUGGUGUUCACGUAUGUAAUAUUAGGGAAACGACUUCCUUCAUCUUUUCUUUACACUUCUGUAAAUGAUCCAUACCCUGUAUGUGUUAAUUCUUAAAAGCCUUAAUCCUUCAACUGUUCAGUGUGUGGUGUGUAGUCCAACAGGCUGCCUGUAAACUGUGAGCUCUUUUGUAAGCUGGAAGUAUUUAUCUUGUUACUGUUACUUUUUGUAGGAAUCUUUUAAUUGAGAGCUGCCAAAGCAUUACAAUAUGCAGUGCCUUAGCGUUAUAUUAGAAAUACCUUUAGCCUCUUAACAUAAAUUUGAUACGUUGUUUUAUUAAUUGGUUCCAUUUUUAAAUAAACUGUAUUUUUCCCCGCAGAAAAAGCUCCUUGACUGCUUGGUCUAAACCAACCCUCAGUACAAGUCAGUCCCAUCGCUACAUGAUUAAAUGUCUAUACCAAAAGGAAAGGUUACAGAUUCAUAGUUCUCCGUGAAAAAGAGGAUUGUAUUAAUAAUGCUGCCUUUUAAAAUUUCAUGACCAAAUAAUUAAUUGUGACUCUUCUGCACUCUAGCAUGAAAGUGCCUUUGGUUUGAAAUUCCAGCUUAGAAAAGUGCUGCCAUAAUAAUGACAAUUUGUAGAGAGACCAAAAAUAUUUAGUUAUCACCGUAAUGCCUUUGGUUUAUUGGAAUAAGUUGAAAAUGCAGGCCUCCAUUCACAAAAGAGCACCAUUUAUAGCAAGGUAAUUUUGCUAAUGAUCAACCUGCUGGAGAAUAAUGUACUGUUUGCCAUUUCUGACAGCACUACAAACCAGCUACUGAUUGAUCUGUGAUGAAAAAAACAAAAAUUGUACACAUUUAUAUUCUCUUCAUCCAGCCGUGUAUCUGCAUAAUGAGAUCCACGCACUGCAGAAUCUCAGAAAGUGGACAAAUGUGACUUUAUUGUUCUCCUCUAAUAAUAUUUCAGUGUCUGUGAGGAUUUUUUGUUUAGAUGGAAGACUUUGUUUACAAAACUGUGCAUGCUGGAGGUCAGAUGCAUAAAACAAGAUGAAAAUGGAGGACAGUAGCUAGAGUAAACGUGGUGGUGUGUUUUUAAGCAUUGAAAUGUUAAGUGUGAGCAUUGUGGAUGAAGGUGCUGUUGGAGAAACUGGCCAGCGCUGCUCAAAACACAGGGUUGCUUUGUUUUGUUUUUCUCCCAAUCGAUGUCUUGGUAGAAAAGAAUCAGCUCCUCUGAAAGAUGUGUCUUGUUUGAUAUCUUCUGUGAACGGGGGCCGUACUGUGUACACUACAACUAAAAUUGGUGGGAAGAGGGGCAAGAUUUUAAGAAAAAGAUGUUAGAAGGAACAAAUAUCAGCAAAACCAAAAGCUGUCAGAGGGAUUAUAUAGUUGUGAAUACGAUUUUAACUUGAUUUUUAAAGUAUUUGAUGAAAUCUAAGAUUAACUUUUUAUAUAUAGAAAUAUUGUGACACUGUGUGGUAAAUAUUGUGAUAAUUCAAAUUCCCUGUCUCCAAAAUAUUAUUUUUGUUAAUCCUUCAAGGUCUAAAUCUCACUUACCUCUGUGAGACAAGUAAUCGUGUUGAAUUCGAUGAAACUGAGGUAGGGCAAAGAUGAUUUCGCCCCGCAAGCAGAGCAUAUAUUUUCAGUUACUACCAAACAUUUCAGUCUUACUAAUCCGUACUUGUGGUAAAGUACACUUCUGUCUGAUUAAAAUAAGCGUAACGGUACCAUUUGGGGCUGUUAAAAAUUGCUACUAGCAACUGUAGUUUUACUUACUUGAAUUCCAAAAUGAUUUUAUUUAGGUACUGCACCACUAUUUUGAAGGAAUUGCAGAUAGAAUGCCUGUUUCUCGCGUUCCCUUUCUACUGCAACUGCAGCUCAGUCAGGUUGGCAGUAGCUUCUUCCGUUAAAACCUCCACGCUGUAGGCUAUUUUAAGUAAUGAAGGGUGUACAUUACUGUUGAAUGUAAGUAACUGGCCAGUUCAAGGCAGAUACAACAUUUGACAUACUAAUAUCUAUUUAUUUUUCCACUGCAGCUCCUAGGGCAUACUCGCUUUGGAAGCAGUUCCCCUUACAGUUUUCCUGGAUCAUUCAUACUGAGAAAUGUUUUCUCUGUUCUUUACUUGACCCAUAGUGAUUCACAUACCCGGUCAAACAGCAGAUGUGAUAGCAGAGUCUAGUUUUGUAUUUUUCUCAGGAUGAUCUCUUUUCCCCCCUCCUACCUUUCAUGACCAGAUGCUUAGCCCCCUAAAAAAGAUCAAGGCUGGAUAAUUCAAAAUAGAAAACGCGCUUUGGAGAUUUUUCAUCUUUUAACUUUUCAGGUCAUUCUUGCUGAGAUCAUGUAAUUAGUUUAGCGUGUAAAUUAAAUCUUAAAUGCACUCAGUUGACAAAAAGGAGACAGAUCCCUGUUACCUCCUUUCAGAAUAUGUGUUUUUGUUUUGUUUUGUUUUAUGGGCCUCUUUGAUUCAGGCUCAUGACUGCAGACAAAAAAUACAAUAUGUGCCUGAAAAAGAAAGACAAGAGAAUUUUAUAACAUUGAAAACCUGAAUAGCCUUUAAUUCUUCAGUACAUUUUAUGUAAAACAGGUUGGGGUUUUGUUUUGUUUGGAUUUUCUUUUUUUUUUUUUUUUUUCUUUUUUUUUCUUUUUUUUUUUCUUUGCCAUGUGCAUUUGUUCACAUUUGUAAAUGACUUAAUGGAAUUCUCACUUUAUGUUUAUUUGUGUAAUGUGUAUAAAAUGGGUUUGUGACUUAAGCAUAUUCAUAUAUGGUCAGUGGUUACUUUAAUAUUGUACUGCUGCUGGUAACUUUUGAUGUAGAACUUGCCUUUUGAUGAUAAAGUACCUCUAGGUUAGACAGGGAGGGAAGGA